GCUGUUGUUCGGCUCAGUAACACACUAUACAGACUGCGAGGAAAAUAAACAGUGAUUUUCAUCAUUAUUUCCGCACGCAGCACUUUAUAUUGAGGGAAAAACGAAUGGAAACAAAGUGCGCUGCGGAAUAGUGUGAAGGGGGGGAAGAAAAAAGCAACACGUAUCCGGUGGGACUUGGGCUCCUGAGUGGGUGAGAGAGAGUGAGAGAGAGAGAGAGAGAGAGGGGGCGAAGGUGGAGAGAGAGAGAGAGAGAGAGAGAGAGAGGCGCACAGAGUUACUCAGUAGAAGAGAUUUGUUCGCUUUGCUGCACGAAGCCUCGCGCUUGUCCGGGGAAUUAUGAGGAACCUUUGGAUGAUAUUGACCCUCUGCUUGACGGUCUUUCUUUCCGGAGAAAGGAUAUUAGUCACGGCUGCACAGUCUCCACCCUCCACAGAUGAUCUUUACCUGGAGGAAACGGGGUCUGGAGGAUACCCCGAAGAUGACGAUGACUUCAGCUCUGGAUCAGGAUCAGGUGCUGGUGUAGAAAAGGAGAAGGUGGUUACAGACAACGUACUAUUCAUAGCACCCAAAGCAAAGCCUACGCAGGACACCACCAAAGACUUCACACCCAGAGUGGAGACUUUCACAGCCCGGGAAUGGGACCAUACAAGAGAGCUGCCCAGACACCCUGUCAGGACAGAGCCCCUGGUUCCGGUCACAGAGGAUAUGCACAGAAAUCCAGUCGCCGGCACCACCAGCUCUCCUCGCUCCCCCGUAGAGCCCUACGAAGUGCACUCAGAAAACCUCUUCCAGAGGACAGAGGUUCUGGCAGCCGUCAUUGCAGGUGGAGUUAUUGGAUUUCUCUUCGCCAUCUUCCUCAUCCUCCUCUUGGUGUACCGCAUGAGGAAGAAGGACGAAGGCAGCUAUGAUCUUGGUGAGAGGAAAUCCUCUGGAGCAGUGUAUCAGAAAGCUCCUACCAAGGAGUUUUAUGCAUAGACUCCCUUUCCACAGCUGUCUCGUAAAGCUAAACUUCAUCACUGACGACAGCGACGGCCCCAUAUCGUUGACGACGACAAACACGUUCAAGUAAAGAUCAAAAAUGAAGACAGCAACCGAGGAACAUAAGUAACAUAAAGAAAGCUUUUUUUUUUUUUGUGUAGAGUAUCGUAAUUCAGACCUUUCUUUUCUUUUUUAAUGAAAAAAAACAAAAAACAAAACCCAAGCAAUUAUGGUAAAUCUCAGUGUAUUUAAACUUUUAUUGUGUAUUAUUUGAAAAGUCAAAAAACACAAAAAAACAAAACACACACAACACACAAUGUGUAAAGGUGAGGAAUUUUCAUCUGUCUUCUGUCAAAGGAGGUGUUUUUAGUCGCUGACUACUUUUUAACUGUAGCAGUAUGUAUUUGUAAAGAAAAAAACAAUCUGAGUGAAAACAAUUUGAAUAGAAUUGUUCUGUAUCAGUCCUGCUUUCUUUCUUUCUUUCUUUUUUUUUUCCAGCAGCAUAAUUUUGUCCUAGCAUGUCUAAUGUUGAUGUUAAAGGUGUAUUUCAUUAACUUAUCUUUUUCUCUGGUGUUUAAAAAUGCAUUUCUUUACUUUUCAUGGAGCUCUGGAUUAACAGUUAUCCUUCAGUGUAAAUGUUCUCCCUGGUUUUGGUUUUGUUUGUUUCCAUGUCCAUCUGAUUCAUUUUCAGUGUUUUUUUAUUUUUGAUGUAGCUCUAGCUUCGUCUGUAAUAUGGCUCGUGGUUCGGUCGGUAAUUGGACGUUAAAGCUGAUAGGUGACAGGACAUGUGUACAGCAAAAUCUACCCACAUAUAGCUUUAUUAUUUAAUUUCAUAUGAUCCCAUUUGGUACGUGUACAUGCUUGUCAGAGUUUGACUCCCCCUCAUCUGGAUGGACGUUAAUGUCAGUUUAGUUUGUUAUGACUCCCACCUGUAAUGCCUGGAUCCUCUAUAAAUUUGCCUUGGAAUCCGUUCCAGUGGGAACCGAUUGUUUUUGGCAUUGACAUCAGUCAUCACUGAGAUUUUCUUCGUGAUUAGAAGGAAGUGACAUACUGGUGGUUCAGAAAAUCCUGUUUAAACACGGCGCGUUCAUGCAUACGCUGAUGUUCUUUGGCUUUCCUUUAGGCUGAAUGGUUGAGUCUGCUGCCCCUGAUUAGUUUGUUCCUCUCUCUCUCUUGGGUGGGAUGCGUUUAGCUUAUGACCUCGCUCAGCUGUCCUUCAGACACACGGGUAACUUUUUCUUUCGCCAGUGAUUCGAUGCAUCCGAUAAAGGCAUGCAUUUUAGCUCUGGAAAAAUCCACGCCAAAAAUGUUCUGAUCUAAUCAGGUCCCUUUUGUGCAAGAAGCUAUACAUAACUGCUCAUAUUAACGGUCCGGUGCUCAUCUAAAAUGAUGAUGAGUCCCGGAAGUUCCUUCUCAGUGGUCCCCCCCCCCUCCUCCACCGCCCGUCCCUCUGGAAGCCUGUAUGAAUUCGGGCAGGUCAUGAAGUCGUACUGAGAAGGAGAGCAGAAUGAAGAGGCCCCUGUUUCCGAACACAUCACACACUCUCACUGCAUACUGAACUCACACACACAUUCAUGGGGUCUCGCUUCCUGUUGCCAGCCCCGUGUAAUGACAACCCCUCUGACUGAGUGAGCCACCUCAGCUGGACAUAAACACAGAAAGUUACUGCAAAAUAAAGGAUUCUUAUAUUGUGGUAUCAUAUUCCCUUGGCCACCUUUGAGUUUUCACAUUUUAUUUGUGACUUUUUCAUCAUUUUUUUUUAUGCUUUCGACUUUUUAAAGACAAGUCCAAAUGCUUAUUCACAUAUUAAAAAGUAUAUAGAAUAAAAAUAUAUAAAUGUAUAUUCACAAAAUGUUUUAAACCUUCAAAGUGCCUAUUCAUUUGGAAAUGUGCUUGUGUGUGUAUCGGCUGAAGGCAGUGUGUACAUCAGAGUGGCCAGAGCAACUGGUAGCGUGUAAGCACAGCUGACUGUAACGGUAACCUUUUUUAGUCUUACAAAAUGCAGACAGUAUUGUAAGUUGAAACAACACUACUGAAUAAACAUUGUGGCCUAAUGUU